UAAAAAUGUAUAAAUCAAAAAAUUGCUGAUAUGGACAUAUAAGACCUUAGCUAUCUUAUAUAAAGGUCUAGCUACCAAAAUUAAUGUAUUAUGCUAUCAAAUUGGAGAGAUAGGUAUGAUGGAUCCUGAGUUAUACAAAGCUGCAAUUGAUGGAACCUUAUCUGAAACAAUAUUGCGGGCUGCUGCUGAUUCAAAUCAGCUGGUGACAGGAGGGGGAAAAAACACCAUUCUUCAUGUAGCUGCAAAAUCUGGUAAUUUGCAAAUUAACACAGAAGAAGAAGGUGAUGAUGAUCAUCGUCACGGUCAUCCUCUGUUGUGUUUCCUUUACCAUCAAAACGCCGAAUGGAACACUCCGCUUCAUGUUGCAGCAAAAUCAGGGCAUGUUGAAAUGGUUAGGCUUCUGAUUGUUGAGGCAAGAAAGAUGGAUGCUCAACAUAAGAGAAAGCUAGUGACUAUGAAGAAUUUUGAGGGAGAUACAGCCCUCCAUGAAGCUGUUCGACAUAAUCGAUUCGAGAUUGUCAAGUUGCUUAUUCAUGAAGAUUCAAAUUUGGCUUCUGUUUUGAAUGGCCAUGGAGAAUCUCCUCUUUUCAUGGCUGUUGAUAGAAGCUUUUAUGAAAUUGCCCUUCUCAUCUUGGAUGCUACUGCUCCCAAUAAUUGCUCUUUUGAUGGAAGGAACGGCAUGAAUAUCUUGCAUGCAGCUGUAAUUCGAGCUCCAAUUCCUGAAUUUGUACAAUAGGUGUUCUUCAAACUUUCUUCUUCUUCAGUGUUGGAAAAAGCUGAUGAUUUUGGGUGGAUUCCUCUUCACUAUGCAGCACACUUGGGCAAUAAAGAACUCGUUGAACUAUUUCUAAAUCAUAACAAUUCCCUUGCUUACAAAAAGAACGAGAAGGGUAUGUCCCGACAUUUGUGAGUUGAAGGAUCACAGAUAUCGGACCGCUUUUCAUGUUGCUGUGGAAAGUAGAGAGGAAGAGAUGGUGAAAUUUUUAUUGGAAUCAGUAGCAUUUCAGGAUCUUAUAGAUGAGAAAGAUAAUGAAGGAAAUACAGCUUUGCAUAUAGCCUCUUAUGGAGGAGAUUUCAAAAUUUUACAAAUUCUGGCAAAUGACUGAAAUGUUGACAGAGGGGCAACAAACAAGGGUGGCAUGACAUUUGCGGACAUUAUCCUAUCAACCAAUCUACUCAACGAUACUGAAAUUCUUGAAAUUAUGUCAGAGUUGGAAAGAGAGGUUGGUUUACUUGGUUUGGGAAGGAAGUUAAUAAGAGAAACUAAAGAAGCAGAGAAUGCUGAAAUGGGAAAACAAGAAGAGCAGCAAAGAGAGCACAAAAAAUCGGAAGAAGAACAAAGAGGUAAAGAUAUUGCAAAUCUCUGUUUAUUGAUAGCCACAAUCAUCGCCACCGCCACAUUCGCAGCAGCUAUCCAAAUCCCCGGUGGAUAUGACGACAAAGGCCGUGCAAUUUUAAGGAGAAAAACAAAGUUCAUACUUUUCACAGUCUAUGAUAUACUUGCUUUUUUCUUGUUACUUUCUCCAUUCUCAUCCAAUUUAGUUUACCGGCAUUGGGUUUUACCCGCUAUUUCACAAUGAUUUUGACGACCACUUUAACAAGUGCUUCGCUAGCCUUUAUGAUGCUUGCUUUUGAGCAAGGUAUAAAGGCAGUACUCUCCCCUAAAAAAAAAGAUUUUCUUAAUAUUCCGUUCACGGCCAUCGUCAUGGUAACCUCGAUCUCAAUUAUAUUUUCAAUGUUCUUCUGUAAAAAAAGCUGUACUAAAUU